GGGACCCGGAGCUUGCCUUGCCUUCUCCGCACACCCCAGCGGGUCCGCUCCGGCAGGGCGCAGGGCGCAGGGCGCGCGCGCGAUGAAGGCAGUGAGCCCGGUGCGCCCCUCGGGCCGCAAGGCGCCGUCGGGCUGCGGCGGCGGGGAGCUGGCGCUGCGCUGCCUGGCGGAGCACGGCCACAGCCUGGGCGGCUCGGCGGCGGCGGCGGCGGCGGCGGCGGCCGCGCGCUGCAAGGCGGCCGAGGCGGCGGCCGACGAGCCGGCGCUGUGCCUGCAGUGCGAUAUGAACGAUUGCUACAGCCGCCUGCGGAGGCUGGUGCCCACCAUCCCGCCCAACAAGAAAGUCAGCAAAGUGGAGAUCCUGCAGCACGUUAUCGACUACAUCCUGGACCUGCAGCUGGCGUUGGAGACGCACCCGGCUCUGCUGAGACAGCCGCCACCGCCCGCGCCGCCGCACCACCCGGCCGGGACUUGUCCCACCGCCGUGCCACCGCGGACCCCGCUCACCGCGCUCAACACCGACCCGGCCGGCGCCGUGAACAAGGGCGACAGCAUUCUGUGCCGCUGAGCCGCGCGGUCCAGGUGUGCGGCCGCCUGAGCCUCAGCCAGGAGCCCUAGAGAGGGAGGGGAAGAGCAGAAGUUUAGAGAAAAAGCCACCGGAGAAAGGGGAAGGAGAGAGGAAAAAAAAAUCAGCAAAUCUAGAAACGUUUUCACUCGUCAUUCCAAGAGAGAGGGAGAGGAAGGAAAAAAGAAAUUUUAAAAAACUUUCAUCUUUUUCUUUUGCACGUUCAUAAACAUUCUACAUUCGUAUUCUCUUUUGUCUGUUCACUUAUAACCGCUGUGAAUUGUACAUUUCUGUGUCUCUGGAGGUGCAGUUAAAGUUUUAAGCGUAAAGCGUGACAGGACUGAUAAAUAGAAGAUCACGAAUAAUCCGACCUUAGAAGGCUAUUUUGUGACCAAGGAGCUCAAUUUUUGUUUUGAAGCUUUACUAAUAUACCAGAGCAUUGUAGAUAUUUCUCCUUUUUUCCACCCCUUUUGACAUCUAUUGUUUAAAAUAGAUGAUUAUAACAGGGCGAGGAACUUUCUUUUCCCUACAAGAAUGUUACAUAUUGUAUAGAUAACGGAGUGACAUUUCAUACCAUGUAUAUAGAGAGAUGUUCUAUAAGUGUGAGAAAUUAUAUGCUUUAAUAGACUACUGUAAUUAUAAGAUAUUUUUAAUUAAAUAUUUUUUGUAAAUAUUAUGCGUGUGUUCUUUUUAAUCUAUGGGGAUAUUUCUUUUUGUAAUUUUUCUUUUUCUUUUCUUUUCUUUUUAAGCUUAAUGGCAGAGCUCUUGAUAUCUUGAAUGUCUUUUCUGUUUUGCUUGGCUUUUAGUAUUUCUUCUUCCCCAGUAUCCAGUAUGUCAUACUCUAACAGUUAUAGGUAGUGAUCUUGCAUGAUUGCAUGAGGUGUUGAAUCACAAAAUAAACUCGUUCUGAGUCCAUUCAAAUGUGUUUUCUUUAACCUAGAUUGAAACCUUUGUAUCUGACGUGUACAUGUUGAAAAUAGAUCUUCAUCAGUUUUAAAGUACAGGGUUUUAUAGUGUAAUAUAUAAAGAGUGUUUUGUUAUUUGUUUUGGGGGGGGGGCUGAGGUCAAAAUGGAUUCUGAAUGCUUUUACAUAAAGGAUGGAGAAAUGCUUGGAUUAGCACAGAGUUUAAAAAGUCUGCUGUUUUAUCAAAGUGGAAAAAAUGUCACUCUUCCAUUUUACAUUAAGGCAUAAUGUCAUAAAGUUUCAUAUCUGUACAGAUUGUUUGAAUCAUAGAAAUGGAAAAUGUUCUCUGCUUGCUACCAAAGGACAAACUCUUGGAAAAUGAAUAUUUUCUGCUCUUUCCUCCAAAGAAUAUUAAUAGGCACCAGUACGAGAAAAAAAAAAAAAAAGGUGUAAUUGCUAAUCCUUCAAGCAGGGAUAAAAGUCGAUCUUCAAACAUUAAGUAGACCAAAAAUUCUGAUGACCGCAUCUAGAUUAUUUUUUUAUAAAAAUGAUUUUCACUAUAGUUAUGUCAGUUACCGCUAAGCCACUGUCCAGUCCCUUGUGAUGUGUAACUUUUACAUGUGAAAAUUAAAGUAGAUUUAUCUGUCUUA